GAUCUGAACUUUUGUUGUUGGUAAGGGGCCCCCAUUAGGUUGAGGGGGGCCCACUUUGCUGGGGGGCCCAUCGCGAACGUGUCUCACCCCCGUCGCCAGAGUUCUGGCUGCGCCACUGAUGCUGAGAAAGGAUAGGUAGAGGAGCAGCUAUACAAGAAUCAGGCUUCUAGCUUUAAAAAUGUUAAAUGCAGAACAGAAAAACUACCUGGGGAGGGGGGUGGCAACCCCCCCCCAUGUGCGGGCGAGGGUUAAGUCAGGCCACCAAGUCAAGAAGCACUGUCUCUAAGUUUUCUGGUCCAGUAAGGGUAUGAUCAGUGCCAUCCAUUUUAUAAUUCAGAUUCGUAUGUCUGCGUCUGUGAUCUUGUGUCAACAAAGGGACAGUGAAGCAGUAGGUAGGUGAUCUGAAAUUAGCCUUUUUGCCUUGUUGCAGCAUUGCUGGAAGGUAGAGCACCCUUCGUAGUUCGUCUACUUGUCAGUUACAUCCGUUAACGUGACUAAGAUCUAUGCCACAAAUUUCCUAGUGCACCGGUGAUGUUCAUGGAGCGGAAAUCCCAGCAUCCCCCUCCCCGUGGUGCCACCCUAGCUUUCGGGUCUUUGACAGGUCCGAAUUUAACAAGCUGCUCAAGCACAUUUACAUUCACCAGAGGUCUUAUUUGUGCACGGUCGAACUGAUCAUAAUCCAAAUUAUUUUGUAUGUUUGUUUCUGUUUACAUGGCUCCUUAUUGCGAAUAACCGCUGCAAAUUGCCAUCCUUGGGCGUUUCUUUUUUGGGGGGACCCGGACGUCCCCCUCGGAUUUCUCGACUAGGGGGAACAUCCCCCGCCCUCCCCGCUUUCGACGCCCAUGCCUGCUACAGGAAUUUUUAGAAGGUGUCAUGGGUAGGCACUUAACCAAAAACUGUCCCGGGGCCUUGCAAACGUCCCACUUAAAGAUGAAAGGGAACGUUGAUGUACUUAAUUUGUAGUGAUACACGAUACACAUCCAAAUCAGGCAGUGUUUGAGGUUGUUUUGAACUCUAUAUAUCCUGAAAUUUUGGUGUAUAUUGGUGAGUUUUUUUUUUAAAUCACAUGCCACUGCAUAACCUUGAAUCACCUUCAAAAAGAAAACAGGCAUAUCUCGUUAAGUGCGAUGUCGCCUCCUGUGGUAAUCCACUGGUUUCGCAAGGGUCUGCGGCUGCACGACAACCCGGCACUGCUGAAGGCUGUCGACUACGCUACCCAGUCAGGGUACCAUUUGCGGCCCGUGUUUAUCCUGGAUCCGCAAUUUACCCGCUCGGGCCGGGUGGGCGCCAACCGGUGGCGCUUCCUUGUGGGCGCCCUCAGCGACCUGGACAGCUCGCUGCAGCUGCUCGGAUCGCGCCUGCUCGUGUGUCGCGGAUCGCCAGAGACGGUAUUACCAAAACUCAUCCGCGAAUGGGACGUCCGACGGAUCACUUUUGAAACGGAUACGGAGCCGUACGCAGUGGCUCGGGACGCGCGCGUCGCCCAACUGGCCCGCGAACUCAGCUGCGCUGUUACCAGUGUGACUUCUCACACGCUGUAUGAGCCAGCGCAGGUGCUGGCCGCCAAUGGCGGAAAGCCGCCACUCACCUACCAGAGAAUGGUGACACUGGUUGAGCAGCUGGGCGCGCCGGUGGCGGCCGAGCCGGCGCCGCGCUCACUGCCGCCGCCGGGCCAGCCUGCCGGACACUUCUCCGUGCCCAGUCUGGCCGAGCUGGGCGUGGACGCCGAACAGCUGGGCGAGGAACUGUACCCGGGCGGCGAGACAGAGGGACUGGCGCGCCUCGAGCGCUCGCUCGCUCGGCCCGACUGGGUGUGCCGGUUCGAGAAGCCCAAGACAGCUCCGAAUUCGCUCCAGCCGAGCACCACCGUGCUGAGCCCGUACGUGAAGUUUGGCUGCGUGUCGGCGCGCCUGUUCUACCAUCGGUUGGCCGAUGUGUACAGUCGCCGCGGCAACUACACCCGACCACCGGUCAGCCUACACGGCCAGCUACUCUGGAGGGAGUUCUUCUACGUAGUUGGGGCGAACACCCCCAAUUUCGACCGUAUGGAGGGCAACGCCAUCUGUCGGCAAAUUCCGUGGAUAGAGAACGAAGAAUUCCUAAAGGCAUGGUCUGAGGGGCGCACCGGGUAUCCGUGGAUCGACGCCGUCAUGACCCAGCUGCGCCAGGAGGGCUGGAUCCACCACCUGGCGCGGCACGCCGUGGCCUGCUUCCUCACCCGCGGCGACCUCUUCAUCAGCUGGGAGCACGGCAUGAAGGUGUUUGACGAGCUGCUGCUGGAUGCUGAUUGGUCGCUGAACGCUGCAAAUUGGAUGUGGCUGUCGGCGUCAGCCUUCUUUCACCAGUUCUUCAGGGUAUACAGUCCGGUGGCCUUCGGGAAAAAGACUGAUCCGAAUGGCGAUUACAUCAAAAAGUACCUGCCAAAGCUAAGAAAGUAUCCGUCCCAGUACAUCUACGAGCCGUGGAAGGCGCCCAUCGCAACGCAGAAGGCUGCCGGCUGCAUCGUCGGCCGCGACUAUCCGAAGCCCAUCGUCGACCACGACAAGGUGCGCCCAAGGAACAUCGAAUGGAUGGCUGCCGCCUACAAGAAGGGGAAGGCGGCCCACCCGGCGCCGGCUGCCGGUCUUGGGGCCGACUCUCAAGACGGCAAGGGGCACAGCGGGUCAGCGGCCUCUUCAAAGAGCCAAAAACGAUCAACUCAGUCGAAUUCAAAGUCACCAAGCAAAAAGACAAGGUCAAAAAAAUAAGCGCGAUUGGCCGCCUUCAAGGGAGGUUGUGUUUCAGCAGGAAGUUACGGAGACGUUUUCAUGACUCAAAGAGGGAAUGGGAGACGUGUGUCAGCGGUGUAGGGUUGCUGGGGGCAGAAUCGCUCAGCUGGUCA